AUGGAAAAUAAUUGCUGCAAGUUUGUGAAGAUAUGCCAUCAGUGCCCAAUUCAUGGAAAUUUAGUCCAAGUUCCACUGAGUGAGCUCAAUGAUAUGAGUUCAUCAUGGCCCUUCGUCGCUUGGGGUAUGGAUGUCAUUGGACCCAUCAAACCCACCGCUUCAAAUGGGAAUCGAUUCAUUCUAGUAGCCAUUGAUUACUUCACCAAGUGGGUAGAAGCAAUGUCACUUAAAUCAGUGACAAAGAAAGUAGUGGCCAAAUUUGAGAGGAACAAUAUCAUAUGCCGAUUCAGCAUACUUGAGUCCAUCAUAACUGACAAUAGAGCAAAUCUGAACAGCCACUUGAUGAAGGACAUCUGUGGACAAUUCAAAGUCACUCAUAGAAAUUCAACAGCUUACAGGCUGCAGAUGAAUGGAGUCAUAGAAGCAGCCAACAAGAAUAUCAAGAGGAUAUUGAAAAAGAUGACGGAUAACUACAAAGGGUGGCAUGAACAAUUACCAUGGCCAGGACUUCAACAGAGGUGA